CAUGGGGCUUUUGUGUGUGUUUGUGGUUCCAGCGCCCAGCCUCCGACCCUUCCCCUGCCCACCGUGGGGGCCAGUUAUACUGCACAGCCCAGUCCUGGCAUGGGCCCAGCCGCAAACCCCGCCUUUCCGCCAGCUGCCCUGGCGGGGUACAGCAGGCAGCAGCCCCACUCUAGCCAGGACUUCGCCUACCACAGCCAACCCCAGGAGCGCAUCCCCACUGCCAUCACCGUGGCAGGUUUGCAGGGAGCAUCAGGGCCGGCUGCUCAGAUGCCCGGGGCUCUGCUAGGUGGCGGCCUGACCGUGGGAGGGCGAGGACCAAAAAUGCAGCUAACAUUUGUUUCAAGGCAGCUUUCCCGGGGUGGCAGGAGGUGGAGGGAGAAGAUGGACUCUGGAAAGGAGAGGUGGGCACAAGGUCACCCGCCAGUCGCUGCUGGGACCUGGCCCAAGGCUCCGGCUUGUGCAUCUAUCGUGUUCCAUCCAGCUGCGCCCGGGGUCCAUCUGCAGGUGGGGGACAGUGGGGUGGGGGUUGGCUCUGCAGAGGACCUGUGCCUGUCCCCUAGGGACCCAAGAGGCCUGCAGGCAGUCCGGCCCCCACCGCGGUCACAGCCACACUCAGUCCCCACGACAGGCACCCGCGGUGGAGGCUGGGCAGCCAGCAAGCGCCUUGUCCUCAGGCUACACCUACCCCACAGAGACAGGCAUCCAGCCCGAGGCCUCGGCGUCCAUCGUGACCCCUGCCCCCUGCCCUCCUACGAUCACACCUGCACCCCCUACACGGCCAGCCCUGUCUAUCCUCCAGCGCAGCCCGCGUCUCCCCCAGGAACCCCACAGCAGCUGCCCCCGCUGCCCACGCCCGCGGGCUCAGGAAGCAGCCCCAGAGCCGACCCGAAGCCACCACUUCCCAGCAAGCUGCCGACACCCAAGGCAGGGCCCAGGCAGCCCCAGCUUCACUACUGCGACAUCCGUAAGAUCAGCUGCACAGGCCCCCAGACCUACCGGGAGCAUCUGGGAGGGCAGAAGCACAGGAAGAAGAAGGUGGCCCAGAAGACAGGCCUGCAGCCGCAGGGGGUGCAGGCGCAGCUCUGCUGUGACCUGUGCCACACGUCCUGCACUGGGGCGGACGCCUACGCGGCCCACAUCCGGGGAGCCAAGCACCAGAAGGUCUACAAGCUGCACGCCACACUGGGGAAACCCAUUCCCACCCUCGAGCCUGCCCAGGCCACGGAGAGUCCCCCCGGGGCUGAAGCCAAGGCCAUGCCCCCCACCUGCCCUGGCGCAUGUGCCCCGAGCAGGCCAGCGCUGGCCAGGAGACCUGUGGCCUCAAAGGCCCCAUGCAAGGGGCCUCCUGAGCCGCAGGCAGUAGCCUGCAAACCCCAGUGGGAGAAACCAACCCCACCCAAAUCAGAGGGUCCCGGAGCACCCACCCGAGGAGACUCGGAGGAAGCUCCCCAGGGUUGCUCUGAUGCGAAGCCGGUGACGCCGGAAUAUGUGGAGGAGCUAGGUGGAGGCGAAGGGCGAGUGCUUCGCUUCCAUUGCAAGCUGUGCCAGUGCAGUUUCCACGACCUUAACGCCAAGGACCUGCACGUGACAGGGCGGCGGCACCGGCUGCAGUACAGGGUGUAAGUGAACCCCGACCUUCCCAUCGCCACAGAGCUCAGCAGCUGGGCUCGGAGGCUCCUGGAAGAAUGGAUAAGGAAGCAGCGGCGCCUGGCGGAGGAGCGGCUGGAGGAGCUGCGGCACUGGCAUGCAGAGAGGAGGCGGCUGGAGGAGGAGCCACUGCUCCAGGACGAGCAGUCGCAUGCGCUGCCCCACACGUCGCCCGACUGGGCCCAGCCUCUGCUCAAGGACAGGCCGGGGCCACCUGCCAGUGCCCCAUUCCUGCCCAGGCAGUGGCUGGUGUCCAGUGGGGACCAGCAAGUCACGUGCAGGCAUGCCGCAAUCCACCCCAUGGAGCAGGAGCUCCUGGCCGUGCAGAGGGCCGUGUCCCAUGCCGAGCAGGCCCUCAAGCCGGUGUCCGACACGCUGGCCAAGGAGGCCGGGCACCGAGAGGAAGAGGGCGGCGCGUGCAGCAGCGUGGCCCCCCAGGCUCGGGUCAAAGGAGUCAUGCGGGUAGGCAUCCUGGCGAAGGGCCUCCUCCUGCGUGGGGACAGGAAUGUGUGUCUCGCUCUGCUCUGCUCCAUGAAGCCCACGCACAGCCUGCUGCGGAGGAUCACUCAGCAGCUGCCCCGUCAGCUCCAGAUGGUGACCGAGGAUGAGUAUGAGGUCUCCUCUGACCCUGAAGCCAACAUCGUCAUCUCCUCCUGCGAGGAGCCCAGGAUGCAGGUCACCAUAUCCCUCCAUGGACCCAGGUGUGGCGCAGCCCUUCCUUCCAGCCACUGUCCCCCGAGCACUUCCCUGGGUCACUGCCCACACUCAGGCCUGAGCAGGAAAUGCAGCAGCAGCCAUCCUCCAGCACUGCUGUCCCGAGGUGUGGGGGAGCCACAGGCUGACCCAGGUGACGUCCUGAGCCGGGAGAGGUGCCUGGAGUCCCUGGCCGCCCUCCGUCAUGCCAGGUGGUUUCAGGCUCGAGCCAGCGGCCUGCAGCUAUGUGUGAUCGCCAUCAAGGUCCUGCGAGACCUCUGCCGGUGCGUGCCCACCUGGGGGGCCCUGCCAGCCUGGGCCAUGGAGCUGCUGGUGGAGAAGGCCGUGAGCACUGCGGCUGGGCCUCUGAGCCCCGGGGACGCAGUGCGGUGGGUCCUGGAGUGCGUGGCCACAGGGACGCUCAUGCCAGACGGCUCCGGGCUCCAGGAUCCCUGUGAGAGAGACCAGACAGACGCCCUCGAGCCCAUGACCCUCCAGGAGUGGGAGGACGUGACCGCCAGCGCCCAGCGUGCCCUGCGAAUGCUGGCCUUCCGGUAGACACACAAAGUCCUGGGCAUGGAUCUCCUGCCACCCAGACACCAGCUCGGGGCCCAGUUCUGGAAGAGGCAGCGGGGGCAUGGCGAGGCCAAGGAGGGCGCAGGGGAGAGGAAGCGGGGCCAGGGGGCAGAGAGGGCAGAGAGGGGCUCAUGUGAGCCGCCUGUCCCCGCUACCUGCCGGCCUUCGCACCCCUGCACUCCUGGACACGUGGACGCCGACCAACGGCUGUUUCACCCCGACGUUGGACAACAGUAGUUCCUUUGAGUAACACUCCGUUGGUUUCUUUUAAAAUGUGUGCUUGAGGCCGGGCGCCGUGGUGCAUGCAUUUAAUCCCAGCACUUUAGGAGGCCGAGUUGCUUAAGCCCGAGAGUUCAAGGCCAGCCUGGGCAGCAGAGUGAGACCCCCAUCUCUCCAAAAUAUUUUUAAAAGCUUGUUGUGGUGGCUGGCCAGGUGCGGUGACUCACACCUGCAAUCCUAGCCCUUUGGGAGGCCGAGGUGGGCAGAUCAUCUGAGGUCAGGAGUUCGAGACCAGCCUGCUAACAUGGUGAAAGCCUGUCUCUAGUAAAAACAAAAAUUAUCCUGGCAUGGUGGUGUGCACCUGUAGUCCCAGCUACUCGGGAGGCUGAGUCUGGAGGAUUCCUGGAGACUAGGAGGGCGCUGAACUCUGCACCACUGCGCUGCCGCCUGGGCAACGAGGACCUUGUCUCUUAAAGGAAUUUUUAUUUUAACAUUUGUGCUUAAAUUGUUAGAGAGAUGGCACCAUCCAGCACCGGGAGUGGCAGCCCCUUCCUGGAGGGCCCCGUCCCCCAGAGCCACAUGGGCCAGCAGUACAGCAAGGAGACUCUCAACUCCAGGGUUUCUCGCUGGCUCUGAACACACCUCGUGGUGCAGGAAGGGGUGGAUGUGAAAUGCUUCCUCUGGGCCAGGCAUGGCGGCUCAGGGGGCAUGGCGGCUCAGGGGGCAUGGCGGCUCAUGGGGCAUGGCGGCUCAGGGGGCAUGGUGGCUCGCGGGGCAUGGCGGCUCGGGGGCAUGGCGGCUCACGGGGCAUGGCGGCUCACACCUGUAAUCCAGCACCUGGGGGGCUGAGGUUGGUUAAUCACUUGAGCCGAGGAGUUUGAGAUCAGCCUGAGCAAUAUGGUGACUCCCAAAAAUUAGCCGGGUGUGGUGGCCCCGAGCCUGCAGUCCCAGCUACUGAGGAGGCUGAGGCCGUAGGAUGCCCUGAGCUGAGAAGGUCAAGGCUGCAGUGAGCCAAGAUCACACUACUGAACUCCAGCCUGGGUGACAGAGCAAGACCCUGUCUCAAACACAAAACAAAACAUUCUUUGGAUGCCCUGUGGCGUGGAUUUGAAAUCACGUGGGCGGGUCGUGUUUUGGGGCCCCACCAUGUGUGUGGACAAGCCUAGGAGAGUGCCCGGCUGGCAUCCUUGGGACCCCAGCCCAGACAGAACCCCUGCCCAGCUUGGCAGCCGGGACGUCAGCAGGGCCGGAGCCAGGCACAUCCCUGUGGGGAGGGCCACGGGGCCAGGUGAACACCCCAACAGGCGAUGAGGGUGCUGGUUGGGCCUCCUCCGGGAACAGAUGUGCCCGACAGACCCGGAGCCCAGACACAUCCCCACCCCACCCCAGCCCUGUACCACUGAAUGCCUUUCAUAGAGAAAACCCUCUCUGACAUGUGUCACUGAUGCCUGGAAUUCAGCUUUCGUCCUUCCUCCCUCCUUCCCUGAUGUAGGCGGCGGCUAGCCCUGAGGCAGGGGGUCCCCAAAUCCCCCCCCUUGUGGGAAUAGGGCCCGGGACCCGUUCCUGGGGAACCCGGGGAGGUGCCGCUAUCCUGUGGAUGCUGGCUGUGGUGGGCACGUACCUCCUGGCACUGAUGGAUGUGGGGGCACCCCCUUCUGAGCCCCCCCGCCCCAACCUGUUUAGACCUCCCACUUGGUCAGUGUUUUUUUGGCCAGCUGCCCAGCGGCAUUGGACGAGAAGAGUCCGCCUUUGGGCAGAGCUGAUCUCCGGCCGCUGGCUCGGUUUCGCUUCUCUCUGUUUGAAGGAAGGGACACCCUGCGCGUGGCCCGCUGUGUGCACGUCUUUGUGGAGCUGCCUGGAAACUGGCAGACGGGGGAAUAAAGGAAACCGCGUGUCUUCCGUGUGA